CUUUAAUGAACCUUUAAAUGCAUCCUUCAAGUCAUCGCCGCGUCUCCACUUGCCCUUUGGGAAACGAAUUCAAUCGAUGACAUUCUUCGUUUCAGUGUUCUGCGCCGCGGUCUGCCUGACGGGUGCUCAGCAGCAGUUCACGUAUGAGAACAAUGGCGCCGAGAAUUGGCCGUUGGAGUUCCCGACCUGCGGAGGAGACCGUCAGUCCCCGAUCGACGUGAACCGCGUCACCCCCGCCGACUUGGGACCCUUCCAGUUCCAUAACUAUCACCUACCCGCUGAUAUCACCGUCACCAAUAUGGGACAUACUGCCCAGGCGACCCUGAACAUGGGAACCCCACCGACACUGACCGGCGGCGGGUUACGGGCGAAGUACGUGCUCGACCAGCUCCACUUCCACAGCGGCUCCGAGCACACCUACGAGGGCACAAGGUACCCGAUGGAGAUGCACAUGGUUCACCACAAUAUCAAGUUUAGGAAUUUUACGGAGGCUGUCGCCUCGGGGGAAGAGGAUGCUGUCGCCGUCCUCGCCUUCUUCUUCGAGGUGACACACCACCCGAACUUGGCUUGGGAUAAUCUGGUGAGAGCGCUGGCCCACGUGAAGGAGCCGGAAACAUCGCAACAGGUGUUCCCACCCACCCCGCUGUGCUUGUGGCUGCCCCAAGACCUGAGCCGCUUCUACCGGUACUACGGCUCGCUCACGACGCCGACCUGCGAUCAGGUGGUCGUCUGGACGCUCUUCUCCAACGAUAUCCCCAUCAGCCAUCACCAGAUAGCUACGAUCGGCGCAGCCAAAGUCACGUCCUUAUUCUUUCUCACGAAUCAAUUCGUCGUUCAACUGCAGUUGGAGCAAUGGAGGCACCUGAAGACGCCGACGGGGAACAAGCAGACGAACACUUUCCGACCGGCGCAACUCCGGAACGGCCGCGAGAUCCUCUUCAACCAGGGAUGGUGGUCCUAA